CAAAAAAAUCGCCCUCAUUCUCUCUCCGACUCCAAAAUCUUUUGAAAGAGUCUCUCUCUCUGAGAUUUCCCCCACUCUUAUCUUCUCUUUUUUGUAUUCCCCUCUGAAAAUUGGGGAUCGGGAGGAGGAGAUCGGACGUCAAGAUUGGAUUUUCGGUAGAACAACUGGCUCAUGACAGAGUGCCAUGGUUGAUCUUGGCACCUUGUUCUUCUGGAAACUGCAAAGCUUCCUGGGCGUGUCUGCACUCUUUAAACUCUGUAAGGGAAUUCUUCUGUGUAUGGCUUGGAAUCAGUGAACUGAAGAAUUUAACUACCGGGUUGCACUAUGGAGAGCGAAGAUCCAAAAACCGCAUCUCCAAGGUCUCCGAGGUCACCAAGGUCCCCCAGAACACCUCGUGGGAAGCGCAACACCAGCAAAGGCAGUCCAGUAGGGCAUAACAGGCAUCCACACUCAGGAAGAGACGGCCUGGUGGAAAACGACCUGUUAACUUCUAGUAAAUUAUCGGUAGAUUUUGAAGAGUUUAAAAAGAAGGCUACAGUGAUAGUUGAAGAAUACUUCACAACUGAUGACAUGGUGUCAACUGCAAAUGAACUGAGGGACCUUUGCCGGCCAUUAUAUCACUACUAUUUUGUGAAAAAGCUUGUCUCAUUAGCCAUGGAUAGGCAUAACAAAGAGAAGGAAAUGGCUUCAGUUCUUCUUUCAACUCUCUAUGCAGACGUGAUCGAUCCCCCCCAAGUCUACAAAGGUUUCUGCAUACUAGUCGAAGCUGCAGAUGACUUAUCUGUAGAUAUACCUGACACUGUGGAUGUUCUUGCUCUUUUCAUUGCUCGGGCAGUGGUCGAUGAAAUACUCCCUCCAGCUUUUCUCACAAAAGAGAGGACAAACAUAGCAGAAGACUCAAAGGGGAUUCAGGUGUUAAAGAGAGCAGAAAAAGGCUACCUAUCAGCUCCCCUCCAUGCUGAGAUUAUACUGAGAAAAUGGGGAGGAAGCAAGAGCACUACAGUGGAUGAUGUAAAAGCUAACAUUAACAACCUUCUGGUUGAGUAUAUUGCAAGUGGAGACAAGAAAGAGGCUUGUAGCUGUGUUAAGGAUCUCAAAGUUCCUUUCUUUCACCAUGACAUAGUGAAGCGAGCGCUGAUUUUAGCUAUGGAAAGACGAUCAGCUGAGGGACUGAUCUUGGAUUUGCUUAAGGCGGCUUAUGAAGAAGGGAUAAUCAAUGACAGUCAGAUAUCUAAAGGAUUCAACCGUCUCAUUGAUACGAUUGAUGACUUGUGCCUUGACAUUCCAAGUGCUAGAAGUCUCUUGCUGUCUUUGAUAUCAAAGGCAGCAUCAGAAGGAUGGCUUUGUGCUUCCUCUUUGAAGCCAAUUCAUGUCCAACCACAGAAACAAGUGGAGGAUAAGACAACCAGGCUUUUCAAGUCAAAGUCUACAACAAUCAUCCAAGAAUAUUUCUUGACAGGUGAUAUCCCAGAAGUGAUUGGUAGUUUAGAGGCAGAAAACAAAUUGUCCUCCGCCUUAUUGAACGCUCUUUUUAUCAAAAAGUUAAUAACCCUAGCAAUGGAUAGAAAGAACCGGGAAAAGGAAAUGGCUUCAGUGCUAUUAACAUCACUUUGUUUCCCAGCAGAGCAUUUGGUGACAGGCUUUCUUUUAUUGAUUGAGUCAGCAGAAGACACCGCAUUGGAUAUUCCAGCUGUCGUAGAGGAUUUAGCCAUGUUUUUAGCGAGGGCCGUAGUUGAUGAAGUACUGGCACCAUUUCACUUGGAGGAAAUUGAGAGUCAGUGUGAAGGGUCAAUUGGAAGCAAAGUCCUCAAUCUUUCACGUUCGCUUCUCAAGGCUCGCCUCUCUGGGGAGCGAAUAUUGAGGUGUUGGGGUGGAGGUGGUAGUAGCAAGACUGGAUGGGAUAUUGAUGAUGUUAAGGACAAGAUUAGUAAGUUGAUAGAGGAAUAUGAUUCUGGUGGGGAUGUGAGAGAGGCUUGCCGAUGUAUAAAGGAGCUUGGGAUGCCGUUUUUCCAUCAUGAGGUGGUGAAGAAGGCACUGGUGAAUGUGAUGGAAAAGAAGAACGAGCGGUUGUGGAGAUUGUUGGAGUGUUGUUAUUCAAUGGGUUUAAUCACAUCACAUCAGAUGACGAAAGGGUUUGGGAGGGUCGCGGAUUGUAUGGAUGAUCUUGUGCUGGAUGUACCAGAUGCGGAGAAACAAUUCAAGUUUUAUGUUGACAGAGCCAAGAAGGAAGGCUGGGUUGAUUCUUGCUUUUCCUCUGAGAGAUCAGCAGCUGCAUUAGAGAAUGGCAACGCCAAUAAAGCCUAGGCUUGCGAAACUAUACGAGACUGUGACAGAGUAAACAUCAUAUCGAGUCAUUCAUAAACCUCCGCUCAAUUUGUUCUUUAUACUCAAUUCUUCCCUACGAAGGUGAUUCACUUUCGGGGAUCCAUUCAAUUCUGACUUUACGAGGAGACGAGACGCGAACGCUGAACUCCUCAUCUUCUUGUUUUGUAAUUCGUUACUCUUUGUACUGCUGUUCUUGUUGUUUGGUUCUUAGCGUCGUAGCUGGUGUAAUAAAGGAACUAAUAGUUUGUGUUGAUUCUAUCGUGUGUGUUAACUGCAGGGUAAGGAUGAUAUAUGAGAGAUCUAUCGAACA